AGAGACACACUCACAGUUUGGCUUUAGUGCCCGGGAGUGUGAAGAUCAGGGAAGAUCAAACUACCUUACUGUAGGCUGACCCCUGAGCCUCUGUGUCUCCCCUUCAAGGAUACAGGUUGCACACCAGGGAAACCAUCACAGUACUCCUGCCAACCUUGCCAAAGCCACAAUGUCACAAUUCUGUACAAUGCCAACCGGAGAGAGGAAGAAACGUGCAGCAGCUAUUUGCCGAGAGGUCCAUGGUACCAAUGGGGACGUAAUGGAUCUCGGAAAGAAGCUCAGCACUCCCAAAGACAUUAUGCUGGAGGAGUUAUCAUUGCUUUCCAACAGAGGUUCCCGGCUUUUUAAAAUGCGCCAGAGGAGAUCUGAAAAAUACACAUUUGAAAGCAUUCAGAAUGAGGCAAAUGCACAGCUGAAUAACGAUAUUUCAACUGUGAAUACACAAACUGUGGAAAUUAAAGUGGAUGCUCCAGCUGAUGGAAGUACUGAAAAUGCAGAAACCACUGUUUCAGAAGUGACCGCAGAGAAGGUAGAAGCCAUACCUGUGCACAAGUCCUACCACUCCCCGUGGGAUCAGGCGAUCCUCAGUGACCCCGACCUCGCUGAAACUCUCAAACUGGCAUUAUCAGCACCAGAGCCACGACCAGACCUUCCUGAGUACAAAUGUUUUAACCGGGUUGCCACUCCUUUCGGCGGCUUUGACAAAGCUCCCAAAGGAAUCACAUUCAAGCUCCCUGUGGUGGACCUGAACCCGCCCAGCUACCCAGAGCUGCAGGAGCCAGGGAUCAAGCGACCCACCUUCAACAGGACAGCCCAGGGGUGGAUAUCUGAGGGCACCCAUCUGAUCCUACCCACGAUUACCCUGGAGCCCAUCAAAGUCCCAGAGUCUGACGAUCUGUAGGUGGUCUUAUUGUAUGUUAUCUGGCAACAUGAUGUUGGCUGUAGUAUUUCGACUCCCGUCUGUGGUGACAGCAGUCAUUUCAUAGCUCAGUUACAAUUCCUUACCAAUAUACUGAUUUUUUUUCCCCAUUCAACGGACACAGAAUGUUUCAUGCAUUUGCUGACUAGUGUGUUUCCACUGAUACUGAAAGCAAAACUGUAAAUUUUAUAAAUGUUCAGAUGAAUUGAUGAAUAUGAAAUGUAAAUAAAGAAUGUAACGUAUUUAUUGAUGGCACCCAA